AUGCUCGGCCUUGCUGCACAUGAACCCAACUUGACCAUUAUUAGAGAAGAAUUCAAACCAAACAAACCCAAGCCAUGUGCUCUUUGUAAUCAGUUUGAACAUGAAGUUAAGGACUGUGAAGGUUUGCCAAGAGAAAAGAAGGGAAAGCACGAUGAACUUGCAGAUAGUCUUCCUUGUGCAGAAGGGGAGUUUAUCUUCCUUCGUCUUGAUGUUCUUCCUGAGUAUUUGGAAAGAGAGCUCACCAUGGCCAGCCUACCGUUCACAUUUGAUGUCGAGAGGAGCAUUGAUGACUGGGUCUUCAUGUGCUUCUUUGUGGGAAAUGACUUCCUUCCUCACCUGCUGUCGUUAGAGAUUCGGGAAGGUGCAAUUGACCGUUUGGUUAACAUAUACAAAAAUGUGGUUCACAAAACUGGGGACAGUUUUAGAAGACGACAGAAAGAAAAGAGAAAGAGAAUGAAGAAAGAUCAACCAGCUUUCACUCCUGGUGCAAUAUUAACCCCUCAUGCCUUGGGUUCAAGAAAUUCACCAGGUUCUCAAGUAGCCAAUAAUCCGAGACAAGCAGCCUAUGAAAUGAGGAUGCAGAAUAAUUCUAGUCCUUCAGUAUCUCCUAAUACGAGUUUCACUUCUGAUGGCUCCCCGUCUCCGAUAGGAGGAAUUAAGCGAAAAGCAGAAGACAGUGACAGUGAACCUGAACCAGAGGAUAACGUCAGGCUUUGGGAAGCUGGUUGGAAGCAGCGGUACUACAAGAACAAAUUUGAUGUUGAUGCAGCUGAUGACAAAUUCCGUCGUAAAGUUGUACAGUCUUACGUUGAAGGGCUCUGCUGGGUUCUUCGAUAUUAUUACCAGGGCUGUGCUUCCUGGAAGUGGUAUUAUCCAUUUCAUUAUGCACCAUUUGCUUCAGACUUUGAAGGUAUUGCAGACAUGCCUUCUGAUUUUGAGAAGGGUACUAAACCGUUUAAACCAGUGGAACAACUUAUGGGAGUUUUUCCAGCUGCAAGUGGUAACUUCCUACCUCCAUCAUGGCAGAAGCUCAUGAGUGAUCCUGAUUCUAGUAUAAUUGACUUCUACCCUGAAGAUUUUGCUAUUGAUUUAAAUGGGAAGAAAUAUGCCUGGCAAGAUUUUGUAAGAAUGACAAUAUAAAAUUAGUACUAAAUUUAAG